CUCGUUUCAAUCAAGUCAUUCAUCAAGUCCAUCGUCUCUACUGCAAUAUGAAGAUCUCACCCAUCAUCGUCGGCGGCCUCGGCGCCCUCACACUAAUCGAGUGCACCUACGCACACCCCGGCAUGGCAACCACAGUGCGCGAGAUCGAGCAGCGGGUGAAGCGCACCGUAAGACCAGGCUUCCGCCUCCUGAUCGGUGACAUCAAAGACGGCGGGUCCACGCCCGUCGGCAAGAGCAUCGCCCGCAUCCUACUCGAGCAGGAGUCCGGGCAGAGCGACGAAACAUACACGAUCCCCGGCGCGCUCGCGUCGGCCAAGUGCAAGGCAGACACGUGCUGCGUGUGGGCCUACGUCGCGCUGGAUCUGACGAAGCUCUUCCGCGGGCCCUCGGGCCGGUGCAACGAGAACGCGCGCACGGCGAUCCGACUGGGCUUCCACGACGCGGGGACGUGGCAGGAGGGCCUUGACUUUGGCGGCGCGGAUGGCAGCAUCAUGCUUGCGCGCGAGGAGAUUGGGCGCGCGGACAACAAGGGGCUGCAGAACAUCGUCAGCAUCCUGCGUGUUCUGCAGCUGAAGUACAAGCCGUUUGGCGUCGGCGUCGCGGACCUGAUCCAGUUCGCCGCGAAGCACGCCGUUGUCACAUGCCCCCUCGGCCCCCGCAUCCGCACCUUCGUCGGUCGCAAGGAUUCCAGCCGCCCCAGCCAGAACGGGCUGCUCCCCGGCGUCACAGACUCCGCUGAUUCCUUGAUCGCCUUGUUCCGCGCCAAAACAAUCUCCCCACACUCGCUCGUCGCGCUGCUCGGCGCCCACACAACAUCAACCCAAACCACAGUCGACCCGCGCCGGCCCGGCGCGCCCCAGGACGGCACACCUGGUGUUUGGGAUACACUUUUCUACAACCAGACGCUGGGGCUGGGCCCCAUGCCUAAGAACGUGCUGCGGUUCCAGAGCGACGUGGUGCUGGCCAAGGACCCACGGACGGCGGGCGAGUGGGAGCGGUUCUCGAUGGGGAGCGAUGCGCAGCACCACUGGAACGAGGACUAUGCGUACUCGUAUAUCCGGGUUAGUAUGCUGGGGGUCGGGAAUGUGAAUAAGCUGGUCGAGUGCACCAAGGUGCUUCCUCCCGCUAAGAAAGGGUUUCAAGGCGCAGGAGAGUUGUUG